AUGGAAGAGUAUGUCAAUGAAUGCUGCCGGCAUCCCCAUGACCAAAGCAGUCACCGGCCUAGACUGCCUGAUUUGGUAUCAAAUGGAUGCCAAGACUCUCACUUGGUGGCAAACAAGAACUGCAAAUCAGCCUCAGCUGAUACUUGGGUGGAACUGGGCCUGAUGGCAUUGGUUUGCUGGCAUGAUCACCCCAUUCUACUGGCUUGCAUCAAGGGAGGAAGCAAGAAGCACUGCUAUGCAUUGGUUUUACUGCAACAACUUGCUGACAUGCUCCCAAAAGCUGCAUCAAUCAGCAUUCUGUAUGACAUUGCAUGUCAGCUGUCCCAUGGCUUUGAGAAGUGGGGCUAUCUGCCAGAUCUCCACAAGCAAUUGUCAUUUGCAACCUUGGUCUUUCAUGCUUAUGUUCAUCAAUGGGCCUGUCAAGCACACUUCAAUCCUUGCAAGGUGCUUGGCUUUGGCAUGACAAAUGGCAAAGGUUGUGAGUGUCUCUGGUCUUCCAUGGCUGAUCUUGUCCCUAUACAAUGA